AUGGCUCCGCCGCGCCGAUCGGCGGAGAGCACUCUCGCUCCGCGGGAUUGGCGGGAUCAUCGGGAUUGGCGGGAGGCGGCGGCGGCGGCGGCUGCGGCGGGGGCGGCGGGGGCGGCGGCGGCGGCGGGGGCGGGGGCGGCGGCGGGCAUGACACCGCGCGGGGGGGCGACUUGGUACGGGAUCCGCGCUCGGCUGUUUGGCGAGGGGAAGAAGGUGCUGGACGCGACGCUGUUCGCGCUGGGCUUCCUUCUCUCGCGCAAGAACCGCAUGGUCUACUUCCAAGAGGAGGCACACAAAACGCCCGUGCACUUUUUCCAAGCCUCAGUAUAUGCUCGGGAGCGGUACAUGAAAGAGACAGGGCGGCGGGAGGCCAAGGUGUGGCCCAUUUGCAAGGCGCAGGCGUGCAUGUUUCUAGACGAGCUGCAGGUGCCUGUGCCUGCUUGUCUCCUACUGCCGUCCGAAGGGGGUAGCUAUGUGGCCCCUGCUGGGUGUGGUGAUACGAAGCGUAGUAAAGGGAGUAGGGUAGAGGAGGAGGAGGAGGAGGAGGAGGAGGAGGAGGAGGAGGAGGAGGAGGAGGAGGAGGAGGAGGAGGAGGAGGAGGAGGAGGAGGAGGAAGAAGAGGUGAUGGAAUUACCUUUGCGACUUGCUUGGAAGGAGGGAAGGGAGGGAGGUAGAGAUGGAAUGAGAGAGAUGGAGGAGCCGCAGGAGGAAGAGGAGGGAGAGAAGGGGGAAGAGGGAGCGGAAGAGGAAGAGGAAGAGGGUGGUCAGGUGUGUGUGAGGGGGAGAGGCAGGCAGGAGCAAAAGGGGUUUGAAGACAACGGCAAGGGGCAGAAGAAUGUAGGAGGGAAAGCUAGAGAUGGAAGGCAGCAGCAGGUGGAGGAGGAGGGAGGAAGGAAAGCUGGUGAAAAGGAUGGCAAGAGGGGCAGGAAGAGGCUUAGGGCUGAGGAGGACACAGGGGGUGGGAACAGCUUCGGAGGGCGGGUUGGUGAUGGUGGUUGUCCUACUAACCAGCGUGGUGCUACUAACCAGCGUGGUGCUACUAACCAGCGUGGUGCUACUAACCAGCGUGGUGCUACUAACCAGCGUGGUGCUACUAACCAGCGUGGUGCUACUAACCAGCGUGGUGCUACUAACCAGCGUGGUGCUACUAACCAGCGUGGUGCUACUGAUGAUGAGCAUCCCUCCCAACACUCCGCCUCUCCCACACAUGGGCGCUGUUUCCAACCCACACUCGUUCUCCCUCCCACCCGCACCCACCACUGCCUCCUGCGCGGACCUGCUGAGGCACGCUCGAAGCAACGUGGCUGCGAUUGUGGAGGGAGCAAAGGCUAG